AUGAAGUUCUUCACCACCUUCGUUUCAGCCAUCGUCCUCACCGCCUCGGCCGUCACCGCGACUCCCAUUGUAAAGGUCGCCAACCUUGCUUCCUCUGGUCCUAAGGGUCCAGCAACCCUCAUCGUCUACAGUCCCCACGUCACAGCCCCCACCGCAGGCCAGAUUUGGACGACGGGUUCAAACCAAACCGUCACAUGGGAUACCUCCGAUAUCCCCGAUGAGAAGCAGGAUUCUCCUGGAAUGCUCCUCCUCGGUUACUUGGAAAACGGGAGUGAAAAUCUGGACAUCAACACGCCUCUCGCUGUGAACUUCCCCCUCAGCGGAGGAAAUGUCACCUUCACGGUCCCCGUGGUGGACACCCGGACCGACUAUGUUGUAGUUUUGUUCGGUGAUUCUGGCAAUACUUCUCCCCAGUUCACCAUCUUUAAAGCUUGA